GAAAAAGGGAAAACCAUGGAUGGAGGAAAUGAAACAGAUGUGACCUAUUUUAUUCUGAUUGGACUCUCAGAGUAUCCCAGAGCCCAAGUCAUCUUCUUCUGCUUGCUCUUAAUGUCCUAUCUUAUCAUAUUACUUGGGAACAGUCUUAUUCUCUUCUUGAUCCACUAUGAUUCCCGACUCCACACUCCCAUGUAUUUCUUUCUCAGUAACCUGUCCUUCAUGGACAUGUGCUACACUUCAUCGAGUGUGCCUCAGGUUCUCAUCAACUGCUUGGUCAGGAUUCCCUCCAUCUCCCUGGACCAGUGUCUGGCACAGAUGUGUGCUGGCCUUUACUUCGGGGUUGCAGAAUGCCUCCUGCUGGCCGUCAUGGCCUAUGAUCGCUGUAUUGCCAUUGGUGACCCACUGCGCUACAGCAUCAGGAUGAGUUCACAGCUCUGUGUCAAGCUGGCAGUGGUGUCCUGGGUGAUAGCCUUUCUGCUGACUGUGGUUCCGACCCUUACAAUGCCACUGGAGUUCUGUGGUCAUCACAGGAUCAAUCACUUCUCCUGUGAACUCCUGGCUAUCCUCAAGCGUGCUUGCAAUGAUCUGAAGUUCUAUGAAUGGUUGAUGAUGGCCACCAGCUCCCUGACUCUCCUUGCACCCUUUACCUUCAUCCUUGCCUCCUAUGGGCGCAUCCUUGUGGCUGUCCUGAAGAUGAACUCAGCAGAGGGUCGAAAGAAGGCUUUCUCCACCUGCAGCUCUCAUAUAACUGUGGUUGUUAUCUUCUAUGGUACAGCCAUCUCAGUGUACAUGAUGCCACAGGACAAGGCCAGUCAAGAUCAGGAUAAGAUCAUCUCCAUAUUAUAUGGUAUUCUUCCACCCAUGCUCAACCCUCUCAUUUACAGCCUCAGGAAUAAGGAUGUGAAGAUGGCAUUCAGGAAACUAAUGGGGGAGAAGAAUGUCUCCUAA